CGUAAUCGCGAUAGAAAUCCAUUCACUUUUGCUUCAUUUCUUCGUAGCUUCGUGUUAGCGGAUCGGGGCUUGGAGCGAGGAUAGAAGUAGAAUCUCGCGAAGCCUUCGAUCUUCGCAACUACACAUUCUUUGCAACUGAACCUGCGCUGGUCGUGUUCCUUCUACAGUACAACAUGUCUUCCGCAGUAGCUGAACUAGAAGCUGGCUUGCAAGCCAUGCUGUUAUUGAAGCCUCCAGGAGUCUCAGGUUCUCGCAUUCAAAGCAUCACCACCCUCUGCAACGCCAACAUACAGUCCGAAUCCGUUCUCAUCCAAAAGCUGUAUACACACUUCAAGAAGGCACCGGCCACACACAAGUUGGGCGUCCUAUACGUCGUAGACUCCGUAACCCGCAAGUGGACAGAGCAAGCCAAGAGCGCUGGACAACCUAUAAACAGUUCUGCUCAGGAUGGUACCUAUGCCGCUGGUGUCCAUAAAGUAAAGGAGUUGCUACCCGCACUGAUGAACGACAUUAUUCAAUCUGCUCCUGGUGAUCAAAAGGAGAAGAUUAAGAAGCUCGUUGAAAUCUGGGAGAAAGGCCAGACUUUCCCUUUCCAGAUGCUUAGUACGUUCAAGGAGAAGUUGAACGCACAAAACGUAUCUACCACGCCUCCAGGAAGUCCUCCAGCAGAUCUACAAAGAAGCCUCGGAUUGCAGCCAACCACGACUCCUAACCCGGCCCCCGUUCGUAACACUUCUUCGAUCUUGGAGGCUCUCGCCAACAUGGCUCGUCAAAAUACUGCUGCUGCUCCUCCCGCAAAUCCCCCAUCUCAGGUCCCGGGUAGUUCGUACAAUGUAUCAAAUGCGCAAAGUAAUCCAGUUGCUCAGCAAGUUGCAGGCUUGACUCAGUCCCUUCCGUUCCCACCAAUUCCACCGCCUGUAAACGUGCCAUCGGCCACUUUUGCAUCGCAACCACAAGGAACGAGUAAUGGUGUUCAGAACUUUGCAAGUAAUCAAGCAAAUCCAUUUGCUACCCCGGCGCCUAUAAUCCCUCCUCCUACUGCUGCCCUUGAUCCAGCUGUUCAGUCCCAGUUGAUGUUGAUCAAGGCUCUCGCAGACCAGGGGUACGGGCCUGAUAAAAUUGGUGCUAUCAUUACUGCUAUGGGUAAUCAAGGUCUUCCUUUGGUUGGAGCAGGUGGAAUUCCUCCUCCCCCACCGCCAUUUGCGGCCCAAAAUCAAAAUCAAAAUGCUCAGAACGGUUUUUGGGGUGCUAGACCAGAAGAAUCACGUGAUCGCAAUAGUUUCAAUGAGGCUGUGAGAUCACCACCAGGUCGUUUCCGUCGCCGCUCUCGAUCUCGGUCUCCUGUUCGUGCGUGGGGUGCUCGUGAUUCACCAAAUUCUCGUCGUCAUGAGGAAGGAUUUGAGUAUGGUAGAGACUCGCCAGGUCGUAAUCGUGGAGAUGAUCGUGGUCGAGGACGAGGGGGUCGUGUUAAUGGAUACCGUGAGCGUAGUCCUCCCCGCCGUGGGAACAGCCCAUCCCCGCCAAGAACAAAUGGAGGUGGAAGUAAGUGGGUUGACCACGAUCCGUCCAUUGGCAAGGGAAACAUCAAAGUACUCAGUCGCACUCUGUUUGUCGGGGGCGUCACUAUGCCAGAAUCAGAAUUGAGAAAUAUCUUCUCUACUUUUGGUCAAGUUCAGACUUGCAUCGUCAAUAAGGACAAGCGCCACGCAUUCGUCAAAAUGAUCAGCCGUGCCGAUGCGGUCAGAGCCAAGGAUGAGAUGGAGAAGAACAGAGCACCAGACUCUCAACUGAGGACAAGAUGGGGUGUCGGAUUUGGACCUCGUGAUUGCAGUGACUACCAAACUGGAGUCAGCAUCAUCCCCAUUAGCAAACUCACUGAUGCCGAUCGGAAGUGGAUGUUGACUGCCGAGUACGGUGGUAGCGGUGGCAAGCCCAUCGAGCCUGGACUUGUUGUCGAGGAGCCAGAUAUUGAGAUCGGCCAAGGUGUUUCUUCGAAGGCUAUCAGCCGUCGCAUGCAAACAGACAAGGGUGGCAAUAAUGGUCCCAAGUCUACCCGUGACCGCGAUGAGGAAGAGCGACAAGAGCGACAACAUCGACGAGGUGAUCGAGACGACCGCCGUGAUAAUCACCGAGACGACGACCGUCGGGACAGACCCUCUGCCGUUAGUGCUCCUCCAUCUAUGCCUCCGGUCCCUCCCUUCGGCAUGCCAGGCUUUCCUUUCCCGAUGAACUUCACGAACGGUAUGCCCAUGCUCCCUCCUGGAUUCGUAUUCCCAGGUCAGAGCCAAACAUCACCCGCUCAGCCACCUCCACCAGGACACCGUUCUUAAGAACAUCCGACACUUCACCUAAUCAACCCAACCUCUUGGUCUCAAAGAUCAUAUGGAAUCCUUUACAUAUUGACCCCUUUCCUUUUCACAUAUAGCAUUGCACUGGCGUCGGGCGUUCAUGAUACCUCAGAAGGGAAAAAAUUGACAUGCCUCAAACUCAUUUGAGCAUCCAUGGGCAUCGAUGGAGCAUAAUCAUGAUCUGUUUCUUUGCGUC